AUCAGUUGUUUGUGGAGUCUGAUAGGAUGCUUUGUCUUUGGAGAAGAAUUAUCUUUAAGGGAGAAAUGGAAGAGUCAAAUCAAAAUUGGGUUAGCUGACGGAAAGCAUCUGGUGAUAUAUUUAGCACCAAACCGAGGUCAAAAGUUUUAAACCAAAUCAACCUGUUGACAAAUUUUAUUGGUACUGUGGAUAGUCUUGCUGCUUUCAUCCAGAAGUACAAUCCCAAAACAGAACAAAAAGCCUAUAAAGAAUUGAAAACAACAUUCACUGAUAUAAACAGAAAACUUGAGUUAACAACCGACAGGGAGUUUGGGAGAGAUUUAAGAGAAAUUUCCUUCGAACUCAGAAACAUUGAAUUUAGUUUUUUAAUCCUUAAUCGAUUCCUGGAGAAACUGGAAGAAUUAAAAUGUACAAGCCAAGAUGAAUGUGAGACAGGCUUGCAGUGGACUAUCAAGUUGUUUAAGAACGAUUUUGACAUCGUAGAUUACUAUAGGCACAUCUUCCAGACAACUUUAAAUGGAACCAGGUUUUCAAAGACGUCGUUACUUCAGCAAGUGAAGGAAACAUCAGGUUGCAAUGAAGAGACAAUUCUGAAGUUUGGCACGAAUUUACUUUUGAAACUUUUAAAAGCUGAACAAAUCAUGGUUGUGUAUGGUAAAUUAGCAAAAACGAGCACGGAUUCCAUAUCACAGAUACGAAGUUGGACUCAGGACAUGUAUGAUUUCAGAAGCUCCUUACUAAGAGUUGUGCAAGAAUGUUCCUCAAAGAAGGUUUGUAAAGCUAAAUGCCAAAAUGGCGAAUGCGUCCAUCUUUUAAUGGAAAACCGUGAUAUGUGUUACUGUCCACAGUACUAUGAUGGAACACACUGUCAAAUACAUAAUCAAGUCAUCUUAGCAAUGGAUACAGUAGCAGUGAUGUCAACAUUGAAUCAAGUCCCUAAGGCAGGGAAUAUCAUUGAUCUUAAAUUAGCAACCAAUUUGUUAAUUGCAUCCAUGAAGUGUAUUUCGUUUGCUUAUGAAACAAUAAAAAAAGUAAACACUGAAGCUAUACAGACAAAUGUUUUAACGACUUCUGAUAUUGGAUCAUUUUAUAAUACAUAUCUAAGCAUGAACUACCUGAUUACAAGUGCGAGAAGGAUAAUGAAAUGUGAUCAAAUAGUAACACACGAAUACAAGAAGUCUAAGUUAUUGCGAAUUGCAUUUCAUUUGCAAAAGGUAUUGUACAAAAUAGACUCAUACUUCAAUUAUCGACGGGAUGAAGAUACAUUUCAGCCAGAAUCGUUGCUUGCUAGAGUCAUCAAACGCAAUAAGAAUGAGGCUUGCACAUUCGAUUUCAAAACAAAGAUAGAUAACCUCUGGAGGCAAUUUCAUAUUGCGCAGGCAAAUGGGUUUUCCGUAUUAUUGCAAGUUCGCCAUGUUUUAGACCCACAUUCUCCUAAGGUUCUUAGCUUAUUUCAACAGCGCGUAAAAAGUCAGAUACAGUUUUCAACGGAUUCCACGUGUAGUGCAGAAAUAACCCAUUCUUCAAAUGUUCAUUGUGAUAAGUUCCAGCUAAUGAAGGAUAUGGACAUUGAAAAUAGGUGCAUACAAGGGUAUGCACGCAAAGGCACUCGCUAUAUCAAAUGCAAAAGCAUAACAUCUGCUUGUUUACCUUGCAAAUGUAAUACUACAGGAUCAGUCUCAAACAUAUGUCACCCAGAAACAGGGCAGUGCCAAUGUAAAGAGCAUUUUCUUGGACACAAUUGUGAUAUAGAAAUAAAACAAGACUGUAAGUUAAGUGACUGGACAUCGUGGUUUGCUUGUAACAAAGCAUGUGGGAAUGGAGGGGAACAGAAACGCUAUAGACACAUAGUAGUACAACAAAAGGGACAUGGAAAACAAUGUAAAGAUAAUGAAGUGGAGACCAAAAAGUGUUUCAACAAAUGCUGUGAUGGUACAUUUGAGUGUAAAGAUAGUUCAAAAUGCUCCAUUGGAAUUAAAUGUCAGCCUUGUAAUUGUGACCACGAGGGAUCUUUAUCUGGUAUAUGUCAGCAUGUUAACGGUGCUUGUUCGUGUAAAUCAUCAAAAAUUGGCAGACGCUGUCAAGAAUUUAGACCAACAGAUUGUUCUGAAUUAGAUAAGAGAGUGCAUAAGAGUGGUGUUUAUCAGAUUUAUCCUGAAAAUGGUUCUAUGUUCAGGGUUUAUUGCGACAUGGUCACAGAUGGUGGUUACUGGACGGUUUUUCAGCGUAGGAUAAAUGGAAAAACAAAUUUCGAACGUGGUUGGGUGGAGUAUGAAGAUGGCUUCGGAAACCUGAAUGCGGAAUUUUGGCUAGGUAACAAAAAGCUACAUCAUCUAACAUCAAGUGGGGAAUAUACUCUGCGUAUUGAUUUAGGAGAUUUUCAUGAAAAUCAUGCAUAUGCUAAAUACAAGCACUUCUCUAUUGGCGACACUUCAAGCCAAUACAAACUAACAGUCAGUGGUUACAGUGGAAACACAGGUGAUAGUCUGUCCACACAUAAUGAUGAGAUAUUCACUACAAAGGAUAAACACAAAAGCAAUCGCUGUGCAUCGACAUACAAAGCAGGAUGGUGGUAUCAUAACUGUUAUAGUUCUAACCUGAAUAAUCAAUUUAAAGGAAGUGGUGUAUAUGGAAUAUCUUGGGAUAGCUGGAAGAAGUCUUAUGGCGAUAUUAAAACAACAACCAUGAUGAUUCGCAAAGGAAAGUUGUAGAUUUACCGUAAAGUGGUUAUUGUAUCUUAUUAUAGUUGUUUUAUUCUCUUAAACAGAAUAUGGAAUAAAAUAGAUCAUUUAAACACGUU